AUGAGUCUGACAACUCAUGAUGCAUUCAGCGCUGUUGCCGGUAGGCAUCAGACUCAAAUACCUGUCCUGGAGUGCACCUCCGAUGAUGAGGUUGUCGUUGUUGCCUUCGAUGGUUUGAGGUACCGUCGCAGCGUGUGUGUUGUCAUCAUGAAUGAUCGGGGUCAAUUUUUGGGGUGCCGGCGCUGCGAUAACCGGCAGUUCUUACAGUUUGUUCAAGGCGGUGCAAAGUCGCAUGAGACCGUUCAGCAGACGGCGGAGCGCGAGGUGUUUGAGGAGAUUGGGCUACCCGCGAAACACCUCCGCUUCGUCGCGGAAAUUUUGCCCAAAACAGUGGGACGCGAGGCACGGGCCGCUUUUCGCUACAGGUCAAAGACGUGGCGGAAGAAGGACAUCAUAGGGCAAGAGCUUUACCCGCUGCUUUACCUUGCGGAAACGGAGGUGGUUUAUCUGUUGCACUUUAAGGCCGUUCCGGGUGUGCGACAGGAGUUCUGCGAAGCCAAGUGGAUGACACUUGAGGAGCUCAUGCAGAACUGCCCGCCCUCGAAAGCAGCGGUGAUGGCAAACAUCUGCAUGGCCGUUGCAUCGUUUGCGCGUGGCGGUUUGGGGAAUGGCUCCGAAUUGAAUAUUUGCGGGGGGAACGCCCCGCAGUUAGUUGGCACCGUGCAGGGGACAGACGUUAGGAAUGACGGGACCGCACCGGGUAGAGGAAAUACCGGCGGCGAUGGCGGCCAUCGGAAUCGCCGAAGAAGAAAGCCACGAGUGCAACAGGAGUGA